UAUGCUGACUCGAUCAAUUGAGCGAUAUUCAAGUUCGAAAACAAUAAGCUAUUGUUUAUUAUCAGAGUUUUAUCUUGUUGUCAAUAGAAUAUAAAGAUUUAUCUGCAAGUUAGUCUGGCCAGAAGUUCGAAACUUAGUUUACUUUUUGUGUUUAUUAUUUAUCAACGUUUAAGUAUAGCCAAGGAUUUGAUUUGAUUUAAUUAAAAUGAACACUUUACAUUCAUUUGGACAUAAAUCCACAAUUGGAUUACUAUUCAUGUUGAUGGCGUUUGUUUUAGUUUUGCCAUUAACUCGAUCAGCACCUUUGGAAGAAGCCAAGUUGUUGCGGCAAAUUGCUGACCAAUACAGUGCUCCAUUGGUUGCCUCAUUCCUACAUUCAAGAAUACUGAAAAAUGAAGAAAUGAUUUCCAAAAUUAAAAGCUCUCUUAAAGAUUUGGAUCAAUCUAAAAUUGAUGUCUUUGGAUUGGCUGAAAAGACGCUUGAAUUAUUGGACGAACAGUUAAGUGCUUUGGAAAAUGCUAAUUACUUUGAUUUCAAUGGAACUGAAAAAGUAAAGUAUUUCAUUGAACAAUUCAUCAUGCAAAACGAAAUGUAUCCAGUUGAGUUUGGUUCCUAUGGAUCAGUUAAGGUUGCAUUUACUGCUGAUGCUCUUUUGGAGGAUCUUACAUUGAAAACAAGUGAUGCACUUAUCAAUUCGACUAAUACUAUGAUACAAACAUACUUGACCGAUAUCGAUGAAAAAGAGCGAAGUUUUGGUAGCAAUCGAAUGCAAAAGCUGGCUGCUUAUCUGGCUAGACGAGAGCUACAACUGUUGGCCAAUUAUGAGUAUCCACCAAAUUAUUAUAACUACGCUAACAAUGAUCUUAGAGAACCUCGUAAAGUUGCACUUGGUAUAGUUUUAAGAAAAGUAAAGACAAUUGUUGACUUCUUUUAUUCUCAGUUUAACCAUUUGUCUGAUUUAAAGUCAACUACCAAAGCUAAUGAAAAUUCAGUCAACGAAAGUGAAUCAAAACAAAUACAACCUGCGUUACGUGUGGCCGUGGUACAAACCGAGUCAACUACCAAAAUGAGUAAAGCAUCUGAUAGCUCUGAUUUUGAUGUGGAUGUGGUAACAAUCAAUCCUCAGAGGCAAGAAGAACCAUUUCUCAUGUGGCGGACAACACCACCACCACCUAGGAAAGGAAAGUAAUGAUGAAAAACAACUUUUACCUGUGACCGAAAUGAGGAGAAAAACCGACUCGGGUCUAAGAAUGGAAAAGAAAAAAUCGAGUCUUUCUUUACUAUAAACAUGAAAAAACAAUUUAAUUGCUAAAGUAAACAAGUUAUCAUUAA